GUCCUUCCUGCCCUCAGAUCCCUGAGCAGAUCCCUGCUGCCCUCCUUCCAACAACCAGUAGUUCCCUCCCUCACAGCAUGACUCAAGGCCUUCUCUCCAUCCUCCUGCAGACCAUGAAUUCCGUCGUGUUCCUUUUCAUGCUCUUGAAGAGCCUCACCCUUUACCCACAGCCUGUGGGGGAUUGGGAUGAGGAAGUUCGUCGGCGCAUGGAACUGCGUGCCCAGCAGCUGGAACGCGAGAGGCUUCUGCUGGAGCAGGAAGUGGAGCGGCUCAUCCGGAAGAGUGAAGCCCAACAGUACUUGCAGCUCGUGACUGUUGCUGUGCUCCUGGUCCUCGUCUUGCUCCUAUGGUUUAUGGGAUGGGAAAGGAGCCUGAGGAGAGAGAGGAAUGGAGAAGAAAAUGAUGGCGUAAAUGAAGAGGGAGUCAGAAACAUGGAUGCAAAUGGAGAAGAAGCUGUUGGAAAUGAAGAAGGCAAUGCGAAUCGGGAGGAAGACAACAAUGAUGAUGGCAACGUACAGCAAGCGGGCAAUGCUGCUGCAAAUGAGGCAGAUCAUGGUGGAAACGGAGCUGUCAAUGAGGAUGCAGCUGCAGAAAACAACCGUGAAGAUUUAGUCCGAGAAAUAGAGGAGGUUUUUGGGGAAAUCAUCGGUGUAGUUUUGACGGAGCGCAUCCAGUGGCCUGUCCAGGACCUGCAGAGAGGCUGUGAGUGGAUAACUGUCCUGAUGGACAACUAUGCCACUUUCUUUGGUCUUGUCUUGUCAAACAGUUUCUACCCAGUCCUGCAGCGAGCCAUCGGGGUGGGCAGCGCCUUUGAAGGUUGGAGUCCCCGCGAGCAGGACGUUGUGUACCGCGUGCUCGUACCCAUGACCCCUCCCCGAGGCCACAGCUUCCACCUGGAGCUGGACACUGCAGGGCACACGCAGCUGAGGAACUUCCGUGUGCGCGUGCAGCUGGAGUGCACCUGCAGGAGGGAGCAGCAGGGCGACAACAUGCUGUGCUUCCUGCACCACCCCAAGGAGGAGCUGAGGAGGAAUCAGGAUCCCAGCCUCCUGGACACCCUGUGCACCGGCUCCUACCUCGACGUGCAGAAAACGGCCCGCUGGUUCUACCAACUGGUGAGAGCAGUCUGGCCAGCUUUGCCUCAGUCACACGGUUGGCAUUUAACGCUGCUGCCCUCCAGACGCUCCUGCCAAUUCAAGGUGACCAACGGAGAAGAGACCUUCAGGAUUGAGAUGUUGUUUGGGGUAAGGAGAGGCGACUCAGACAUCUUUGUCAGCAGCCAGCCUAGAGAGGCCCACACCCCAAACACAACCUGGCCUGAGACUUAUGCUGUGGCAGAGAUGAAGUUCUUCAAGCACAUUGCCAGGCAGGCCCCCCCCAACAGUUUGCACCUCAGAUGCCUGCAGCUCUUCACCCGUCUCCAGCUGGGCUUCUGCUUUUCCACCUACGCCAUCAAGACCCUCAUCAUGCACCUGCUCGCUGCCACGCCCGUGGCACUGUGGCGCAGGAGACAUUUCCUGGAGCGACUGCUGCAGAUCAGAGAUGGCCUGUUUUUAUGUGUCAGAGCUAAACGCCUCAACCACUUCAUUGUGGGCAACGAGAGGCUUCCUCGUGACAUCAGGGUACCCCCAGAUGUCGCAACGGCUACGACACACAAUCUCUUCCAUCGCCUGGCGCAGGACUCGGACGCGUACAGCCAGGCCAUGCUUGAGUACUGGGUUCUGCGAAAGUGGUUCGAUGAAUCAAUCAAAAUGAACCUUGAAUGAAUGAAGGAGAGGAGUCAUGGCUACGAGCACAGAGCCUGUGCUUGGCCUUGUGCUGCUGGCAGCUGGCAGCAAAGAGCCACCUCAUCCUACAAAUUUGGUCCUUUAAGGAGAAGAGGACGCAUGCACAGGCUCUGGCCAAAGUCCCACAGCCUCUCCUGCUGCCUCAGCAGGUGGAGGGCCACAGCAGGGCUUCUUCUACCUCUUUGAAUCCUUUAAUUUUUCCAAAAAAACACACCCAGACAUGCAUAAAGCCCGGCUUGCGUUUCCCCAUUCCUAAGAGCGCACCUGAAGAGAGAACAUGCCUCACAUGCAGCACCAAAGUCACCAAAUCCCACUUGCAACAUGCACUUGUUGCCAGCCUUUGAGAAGGGCCAAAAAUCGGAGUGUGAAAGAAGCGGGAAUGCGGGUCAGGAAAAGAAAAAAGCAACGGAGCAAGAAGGACCAAGAGGAGAAGUCAGCGCUGCUUGCCCGGGAUGAGUCCAUGGACGUCGUCUCUCCUUGUCUCCGGAAGGGACACCUUUGGGUCGGCUCUGGACCAGCUGUGUUGGAGCCGACCUGAAAUUUUUUCUGUAGAAGAAUCUAGAUUUUUAUUUCAUAGCUAGAUAUAUAUAUAUAUAUUAUAUAUAUAUAUAGUGUUCAAGUAUUUUAUACUUUAAUGUUUAUAAACAUGUAAUCCUAUAUAAUAGUCAUAUAAUGAUUAAUAUAUCAUAUAUGAUAGCAAAAUACAACACAAGCAAACAAUAGACUAAUAGAAAUAAUACCAAAAAUAUGAAAUAGGUAAUGCUUGUGUCAUUUAGCAAUAUCAUUCUAAAGAGUUGAAUAUGUAAAUAUAUUUAAAUAAUAACAAUAGAGGACACAUGUAGUGUCACUAUCUAUUGUGAUGCAUAUUCAUGCAUUUAACACAUUUUUGUGUGGAGUGAGUUUCAUCAAAUAGAUCUCUUGAUAGCAUAUAUAACGGAUAGAUAGAACACGUAGGAUAAUAUUUUGAUAUACAAGCAAAUCCGUAUCUAGUGUGGCUCUCAGUUGUGAGCCAUAUUAAUGCUCUGUAGUUAGCAUGUUCAGGAUGGGCAAGCUGGAAACUGUUUUGCUCUUGUUUCAAUAAAAUGCAACAUUGCAGAAUCUGCA